UGAGCAAAAUUAACAGAAUGAUAUGUUUCAUGGUAUACGCUGUUUAACUAAUUUCACGAAUAAGCCUUUCAAAAACCGAUUAAAUAGCGUGUUACUGUUCUUAUCAGGACAAAUAUAAGAUGACUUUCCCAGAAUACAUACACCGCACAUUUUCGAAUAAAAGUAAUAUUGACUUAACAAUGAUUAUUUUAAAAGUCUGAUAAAGCUUUCUUCGACUUGGUGAGUGAAAGUACACUAUAAAAAAAGAGUAGAAUACAUAUCACCCCGGUAGCAUUGUCCGAAUUCCGUGAAUACCGAACUCUUGAGGAAUUCUGGAACUCUAAAAUUAUAUAACACGUACCCAAAAAUCCCACGUAAUUCAAGGAAUUCAUGCAACUCGAGGAACCCAAGGAACCCAAGGAUGGGGUGGGUGUGGGUGUGGAUGUGAGUAUGGGUCUCGUUCUAGGCGUGGGUGUGGGUGAACCGAAGAAACCCACACCCACACUCCCCCCCCCCCUCCCCACACCCACACCCAAAUACUGCUACUCACACCCACAGCCCACAUUUACACCCACAGUCCGCAUUCACAUCGGCAUUCGCACCCUAAGACCGUUUGCGUCCCAUAUCCUAGUUGUAAUAAAUACUCCAUUUAGUUAAUGGUUUGACUUAAAAUGUGAAGAGACUCAAAAGGCAACAAUCUUGACCGGUAAGACACUCAAACAUCUGGAGCUCUAGUGUAUAGACUCAACUACUGACGCUCAAAUGUUGGAUGCUCAACUGUUGUGUCACUUUCUAAAAAUAAGUGAGAUAUUUGUAAUCUGCACACUUGGUGCUAUUGGGUUAUAAAAACUCGUGAUUGAAAAGUCAGAAAAUUUUUUUUUGAUAUCUGAGGGCAACCCCAAGUAUCAAAACUUGAGUUGUGAUCAUGUGAAACACAGAAUUAUGAAGAAUAUUCAGAGUUCGAUGCUAACUUCCAAAGUAAUAAAAUCAGGUUUAAACUAUUCGGGGUCUCCAAUCCGUAACUCGACGCAAUUUUUGACGUAUGAGAGUGUGAUUAAUGUGCGAUAAUAAACUAAUAAAUGAAUAACCAUCAACUAUAUGCUUUACAUUAUCUUAUUUUACUAUAUCUUGCUUGUUCGAUAAAGUUAGAGAUACUUCACUUUACUUUAAUAAAGUGAAAUAAAGAUAAAGUGCCACCCCUAGGCUCUAUCUUUCCAUAAUAUUGACAAUGAAAACUGAGAGGUGAUAGAUUUUCGACGAAAUCUCGCGAUGUCCUUGACAUAAAAUAUUUUUCUCGGAAUGAAAAAUAAUACUUAACAAUAAUAUUUGGUAACUUUAUCUGUGGGAAAAAGAGUGUCUGGAUCAUUUGCAGCUAAUAUAAAUACAGCCAUCGAUUCGAUGAAUGUAGAAGCAUCACAUUAUUUUCGUAAUAGGGUUGCUUACGUGUCAAUCUAUAUAUCUGAUCGUUAUCAAUUAUCAUAUCGAAAUCAAUCGAGUGCUCACUCUCCAAAAUACCAUGCAGUUGAUGCACACUUUCAUUGUUAUCUUCCUUUCCAUCUGCUUGACUAGUGGAUCUCACUAUCGAGGUGGCUCCAUUUCUUGGGCUAUUCAAGAUAAUCCGACUGAACUUGAACAAAAUAAUUCCAGCCAGGUACUCGUUCGUGUCACCCAAAGACAUUCAUGGCGUCGCUCAAUGGGCCUACAACACUAUUGCGAUGAGUCAACAAUUGCUGCUGGCUUUCCAUUGAUCGGCGAAGGUGCACUGGCUACCGGUACCAAUAAUGGAUUCCACAGUACCAUUGAUGCAACAGUGCAAUGUACUGAUUUCAAUACAGAAUUUGACUAUAGUAGUGGAGAACGCUCAACUGACAUUUUACUGCCAGUCGAAAAUCGGCUUGAAUUCCUUUUUACCAGCUGCUGCUGGAUCCCUUUGUUGCCACCCGAUACGGGCGAUGGUUGGUCGAUGAGACUUGCUAUUGAUACGCAUCGACGUAGUGACGGAAAAUGGAACAAUUCACCCAAGACAACCAUGAAUCCGAUUGUUCGUCUUCAGAUUGGGAAGACGCAUGUGAUCCGUAUUCCAAUGGCUGAUAGUGACGGUGAUUUAGUACGAUGUCGAUGGGGCAAUACAUUAGAAGAGUGUGGAAGUGUAUGUACACCCAAAGGUGUCUUACAGUCAGAUCCAUGUGAAUUAACUUAUGAUGCAACUCAAUUGGGCUAUGAAGCUGUUGCUUUGGUGAUUGAGGAUUUUGAUUCAGACAACAAUGUGCGCUCGAGCAUUCCACUUCAAUUUCUCAUUCAGAUUGUCACUGGGACAAGCAAUGCGACCAAUUCAAGUAUUUGUACUCAACCACCUGUCUACAUUGGUCCCUGGGCACAAGGAGCAUGCAUAGGAGUUGAAUCGAACACAACGAUGACUGAACACGUACAAGUUCGAAUUCCGUGUGUUAAUACAAGCACCACUUUGGCUAACAUUCUCACUGUAUCCCCUUUAGGCAUGAUUAAGGGUCCAGUCACACAAGAUCCAUCAGAUCCAAAUUUAUAUACAAUGCAAAUUCAAUGGAUUCCUCAGGCUGAUCAAUAUGGUCUUCAACAAUUGUGCAUGACACCAGCUGAUUCUGAGCAACAAACAGGCGAACAGGUAUGUGUCACAUUUCAGGUCGAUGUGCGUGCACCAGAAUUUGUGCUUGGUUCAAUGGUUCCAACAGGAAUUGUUGCCCAAAGUCAACCCGUUUGGUCAAUUUCCACUAAUCGAGACAUUACACCACCAAAACGGAGCGGAGUUAAUAUUCGAUUUUUCAAACAGUCAAACGAUGAAGAAGUCUUUCGAGUUGAUGUAUCUACAGAUGUGACUGUCACUUAUCAAUUGCGGCAAAUCACCUUCUAUACUACAGGCUACACUUGGACUCAGGGCGAAAGUUAUUACAUUCUUUUUGAUGGUGGAGUAGCAACGAUCAAUGAAUCGUGUGGAGUCGAAUCGGCACCAGUCACUAAUCACCACUUCUGGACAUUUCAAGUUGCAACAAAUCCGACCACCGAAGAAACAAAUAUAACAACAACAGCUCCUACUACUGCUACUGCUCAUCCAACCACCACACCCAUAAUGUCGCCAUCAACAACAACAAUUAUUCAUCCAUCAACUUCAUGUCCUCGUCGACUCUCUUUUGGCACUAUCUCCAAUGAAACUACAAGUGCCAGCCAGCCAUCGUACGUCUUUUGUUUCACUAUCAAUAGUUCAAUGGCUGAUGUGACAAUAUCAGCCAACACUUGGGUAUCUUGCUCAGCAUGGAAAGCAUCAGGAGCAGCUGAUCCAUUACUCGAAUUAUAUUCGGAAAGCAAUGGUCAUCUAUUAGCUCAAAAUGAUGAUGGAGAUAGUCUGCCAUUCAAAAAUUGUUUUGCAGCAGUAUUAAGCUAUCGAUUAGCCAAAGGUAACUAUCGAGUAGUUAUCCGAAAUUCAAAGUGUGCAUAUGGCAAGUUCGAAUUGCGACUAUCGACUGACAACACCACUCAUCGUACAUCGACUGCUCAACAACCAUCACUUCCAUCUUGUCCUCGCCUACUAUCAUUUGGCACUGUGUUGAAUAUAACCACCAACGUCAAUGAGUCCAUGUAUACUUUUUGUUUUACUGUCAACACAACAUGGGCUGAUGUUACUGUGUCAAGCAACACAUGGAUUCCAUGCACGUCAUGGAAGUUAUCAGGUGCAGUUGAUCCUUUACUUGAACUUUAUUCUGAACCAAAUGGACGGUUAUUAGCUCAAAAUGAUGAUGGAAGUCAUCUAGCAUUGAAGAAUUGUUAUGGUGCCGUGCUAAGCUAUCGUCUUCGAAAAGGUGAUUAUCGGGUUAUCGUCCGAAAUCCAAAAUGUGGUUAUGGAACAUUUGAGUUAAGACUGUCGGCCGAAACUAAAAAUGGAGAAAAAUAA